AUGGCCGCCCCGCCCGGCAGCAAGCGCCCGCGGGAGGACGGCGAGGAGGGAGAGGGCGCCGCCGCGGACCUGGGCUGGAGCCCGCACGACGUGGACGAGGAGGUCGAGCUCGAGUUCGACCACCUGUGCCGCUUCUACUGGGGCGCGGGGUGCGCGUCGACCCCGAGCCGGGCCUGGAUUGGAGCGCCCCGUGGGCGCCCGGGCAUCGUGUGGGGCUCCUACGUGUUCGAGGUGAAGGUCCUCGGGGAGAAGGACCUCGUGCGGGUGGGCUGGUCGCAGUCCGGGUCAUCGCGUGCGGUCGGGAGCGAGCCAGGCUCUUUCGGUUUCGGCGGCUCUGGGAAGAAGUCGUGCGCCAACAGGUUCGCCGACUACGGCCGCAGCUUCGGGCAGGGCGACGUGGUGGGCUGCCUCCUGAACCGAGACCAGCGGUUCGUUGCCUUCACGCUGAACGGCGAGUACCUCGGCAGGGCCCACUCCAUCCCACGGGACCUCGACGGCGUCCCGCUGUACCCCAGCGUGUGCGCGCGGGAGGCCUUCCGCGUCGCGGGGUACUUCGGCCACGGCCACACGCGCAGCGGCGGCCUGCCCUUUGGUUACCAGGGCUACUGGCCCCUCGCAACCGCCACCGACGAGGACCGGGCCGCCCCCGACGCCGGGCCGGGCGGGAAGCGCGCGAGGGCCGCGCCGGGCCCGGAGGCCACGCCCGAGGAGCUGGAGGCCCGGCGGGAGCGGGCGCUGCGCUUCCAGCAGGCUGGGGCGCCCGCCCCCGGGACCGCCAGCUGCCAGGACAGGUUUGCCGAGGGCGUGCGGAAGGCAGCCUCCACCAGCGAGCGGCCCGUCGAGGGGGUCUGCACCGAGCUGGAGAAGCCGUUCCUGCGGCUGACCACCCUGCCGAGGGCCAGCGACCUCAGGCCGGCGCACGUGCUGCAGCAGGCUUUCGCGCUCGUCCAGGAGAGGUGGCGGCAACACCGCGACUGGGCCUGGGCGGGCGAGAUGCUGCGGAGCAUACGCCAGGACCUCACUGUGCAGAUGAUCCGCAGCAGUUUCACGGUGGAGGUGUACGAGCUUUCCGCCCGGCUCGCUCUCGAGGCCGGCGACUUCAAGCAGUUCGACCAAUCCUUUGGCCCGCUGGAGGAGCUGCACGCGGACGCCCAGCUCGGCGCCAGCGCCAAUGCGCCCGAGUUUCUAGCCUGCCGGCUGCUCUACCUGGUGCUGCAGGGCGGCGGCCUCGCCCUCAGCGUGUUCCUUUCGCGGCAGGCCGCCUGCUUGCGCGCCGCGGCUCGGGCGGAGGACCCGAGCGUGGCGCCCGCGUGGCGGCUGCGGGCGGCGCUGGCGGCGGGCCGUACGGGCCAGCUCCCGGCCGAGUGGGCGGGACCUGCUGAUUGA